AUGACCGGGCUCGGCAUAGGCCACAUCCUGCUCCCUUCUCUCGCUGGCUGUGCCUACCUUUAUUCCUGCGAUCCACGGGGGCACGUUAUCCUGCUUGUUGCUCUUCUCAUUUACGUGGCCCUCGCUGCUCAAGACUAUCUCUUCACCUGUCGCAUCUUGUCCGCAUUCCUCCAUGCGUCGCUUGCCCUUGCCGCGCAGGCACUGUUGAUCGUCUUUGCAACGGUGUCUUAUAGGCUAUCGCCGUUCCACCCGCUGGCACAGUUCCCAGGGCCCGUGCUCGACAAAGUGACUGGUCUAAGACUCGCUUACUUCGCGUUUACUGGCAGGAGGAUGCCGUACAUAGCAGAACUUCAUGAGGAGUACGGAGUUAUUGUUCGCAUAGGCCCCAACAAACUUUCGAUAAACUCUAUUGAUGCCAUCCAUCCUAUAUAUGCAUCAUCUCAAGCGUUCGACAAGGCAGAGAGCUAUCGGCCGGGCCGUGCUGCGGACGGCUCCCUUUUCUUCACACGCGGAAAAGUGCAGCAUGGUCGACGCAGGCGCAUCUGGGCUAGCGCACUCACUAACACAGUGGUACAGCAAUGGGAUAAAACUCUGAAGCUUCGCACCGAUCAGCUGGUCGAGUGCAUAGCGAGAAGACAGAACUCACAUGGUGUCGUCGACUUGAGUCUUUGUUUUGAGCACUGGGGUUUUGAUUUCACUAGCGAUUGGGCGUUUGGGGCGGGAUGUAGUGGUAUCGAAUUCAUGCGAGAUGGCGACGUAGAAGGCGUCGCCGAGAACGCCAAAGAAGCGAUCGUGAUCUUUGAGGCCUUCGGCGAAGUGCCCGCACUAUUUGACAUCAUCUCGUCCCUACCUGUCGCAAAAAAUUACAGACAAAUGGAGAAACUUGCUGAAAAGAUUCUGAAGAAGCGGCUGAAGACCAGUCCACCCAACGAGUGGGACUUGUGUUCGUUCCUGUUGGCACAACAUGAAGAUCACCAGUAUCCUCCACUCAAUGAAGACGAUCUUAAGGCAGACACCGUUUUAGCUUUCGAGGCAGGCACCAUCACCAUGUUCUAUCUCCUGCACCAUCCAGAGGCGUAUGAGAAGCUCCGGCACGAGUUGGACCAAGCCUUCCCAGCCGGUGAAAUCACCUCAGAUCAGUAUGCGUCCCUAGCCGACCUGCCCUACUUGGCCGCCGUUGUCAAUGAAGGCUUGCGCUUCGGUGCUGGCUUCCCUGGGUUUCCACGCAUCGUGCCCAAGGAUGGUGUCGUGCUAGAAGGACGAUUUAUCCCCGAGGGCACCAUCGUCGGCGUGCCUAUCUAUGCGCAGCACAUGAGCCCCGAGAAUUUCUGGCCUGCACCUCGGGAGUUCAAGCCUGAGCGGUGGUUCGAAGAUGGGCUCGGGUCCGGGACGAUCACACGUCGGGCGGGGUUCAUGGCGUUCCAGUUUGGUCCUUUUGGUUGCCCUGGCAAGGCCCUUGCUUACCGCGAGAUUAACGCCGUCCUUUCCCAUGUGGUUCUUUCCUACGACCUCCGUUUCGCUCCCGGUUUCGACCCAGAGGCGUUCCUCAAGGGAUGGGCAAACACGAGGACCACCAUGACAAAAUACCAUCUUAGGGUGAAGGCGAAACAGAGGCAACAUUAG